AUGGCCCUCUACGUGCAUAAGUACGGCGGCAGUUCCGUCGCCGAUGCUGACAAGAUAGUAAACGUGGCGCGGCGUAUCGCCGCAGUGCAUGACCAGGGUCAUCAGAUCGUAACCGUGGUUUCGGCCAUGGGCGGCACCACCGACGAACUGAUCGAUCUGGCGCGCACCGUUUCGAACGAGCCUGAUCCCCGGGAACUCGAUUUCCUUCUGUCUACAGGCGAGCUCGUAUCGAUCACCUUGCUGUCCAUGGCACUGCGUAGUCUGGGUUACGACGCCAUCAGCUUGAGCGGACCCCAGGCGGGAAUCAGAACUGACAACUCGUAUGGCCGGGCUCGCAUCAGUCAAGUGGACCCGGAUCGGAUUAGCCGCGAACUGGAUGCCGGCCGGCUGGUGAUCGUAGCCGGAUUCCAGGGUCUCACGCCCGAUGACGACGUUACCACGCUGGGCCGAGGCGGUUCCGACACCACGGCCGUGGCGUUGGCGGCGGCGCUGGGUGCUGACCGCUGCGACAUCUAUACCGACGUCGAGGGAAUCUAUACUGCUGAUCCUCGGGUUGUCGCCAACGCUUCCAAAAUGCCCGAAGUCGGCUAUGAAGAGAUGUUGGAACUGGCCGCGGCGGGUGCGAAAAUGCACCCUAGGUCAAUUGAGUUGGGAGCGGCCUACAAUGUUCCCAUAUACGUGGCGUCCAGUUUCGUCGACGCAACCGGAACUCUCAUACGGCAAGUAUCGGACGACAGGCAGAUGGAAGACCGGAUCAAGGUUACUGGCAUCGCUUACCAAUCCAAUGUCGCCAAGGUCACCGUGUGCGGGGUUGCCGAUAGGCCCGGUGUUGCGGCAGGACUGUUUGAACCGCUUUCGGAAGCCGGCAUCAACGUGGAUACCAUCGUCCAGAACACCAGCGCCGACCGAACCACGACGGACAUCAGUUUUACCGUCACCACCGAUGAUUUGCCGCGCGCGCUCCGCGUCAUUGCUCCUCUGGAAACGGCGCUGGGAAUGGGCCAGGUCAUCAGUGACCCAACACUGGCCUCAGUCAGCGUGGUCGGAUCGGGAAUGCAGAACACGCCCGGUUACGCGUCCCGCAUGUUUCGUAUCCUGGCCGACGGCGGCAUCAAUAUCGACAUGAUCACCACGUCUGAAAUUCGUAUAUCGUGCAUUAUCAGUCGCGAUCAGGCGCAGGAGGCCGUUCGCUUGCUGCACCAGGGUUUCGAACUGGACAAGUCCCGUUAG